UUCAACACUUGAGAAGCCCAACCCUUGUGUGAAGGGGUAUAUUAGCAGGAACACAACAGUAUCACUACUAAACACAGCAAAGGUGGACAGUGAAAACGUGCCAAACAUGAGCUAUCAGCACUGUCCAUGUUUGGAAUCGACAAAAAAGGACUUGGAGGGAAUUAAAAAUCAGUUUGAGACCUUGAUUGCCAACAUUAAGGGUUCGAGCUGUCCAUCGUGUGCGAAGAAAGACGGAGAGAGUGAGAAGACGGUGUCACGAUCGUCGAAAGGAGCGGACCAAGGCGCAGCAAUGCUUCCAUGCCGUUGGUAUGAGAAGAAAGACACGGAGAUUGAGAAGGACCGAGAGCAUAAACAAAGUAUUGCCGAGAUGGAAAACUUUUACAAAACAGAGCUUGACAAAGUGAGAUCUGAUCUUGAAGCAGAACGAAAGAAACAUGAUUCCUUUAAACAGAGAAUGGCAAGUGAAUUGUCCCCUGAGAUAGAAAGCAGAGGAGAUUUGUCUGAAGACAUCACCAACCCCUGCAGAGAAACACAACUCAGAAAGAUGUAUGAUCAACUGCAACUUGUUGAAUGGCCAAAGAUCAAAGAAGCAUUCAAUUCAUCUGGUUAUGACCCAUCCAAUGCAGAACGCUUGGUGAAGGACACGUUCGAGGUGGCAUGGGGUGAUAUGGAGAGGAAGAAAAAGGACAUGAAACAACUGUUUUCAUUGGACAGCACCACACAACAAAGCACAAAAAAGGUCUCAGAAUAUAUGCAAGCAGCAGUCCGGAAUCUUCAAAUGGCAUUGUUCUACAGCCAGAAAGCUGAUGUUGUUAAGGAUCAACUCUCCAGUCUACGCAUCACAGAUCUUCAGGUCAAAGGGAUUCGAAACCACAUUUUUGCAGAGUGCUACUGGUUGGGUAGUUUGAUGGCUCUGCACAACCCACCUCUUAAACCUAACUGGCAGUGUUGUGAUGCCAAUAGGAGUGUCAAUUUUCCACCUCUUAUAAUCCCCAGUGAGGUGGAGAAGUUUCAAUGGAACUUUAACAAUUAAUUACAUUGUUAACGAAGCAUUCGGUUCAGAGGGAUAAACUAUAAAGCAGGAUCAAUGAGAUUAUGUUAACUUUGAUUUUCAAAAAACUGAAAUGACUUUAGAUUUUCUGGUUCAUUAAGAAAGCAAAACUUAGACAUGUGUUUUUGGUUGUUGAGUCAAUUAAACUGUGCCCAUUUCAAGCUUAUCUUUCCCAAAUAAAAAAUAAGUUAUUUCAGAAUAUUUGGGCAAGUUAGCUGGCUGGCUAACUCAUUAAACAUGCUUUGUAAUAUACCCCUCCGAUGGGUAAGACAGUUGAACUAAAGCUCAACAAUUUGGUCCAUUUCCCCUGCUCAGGCGUUGCAUGCUUAAACCAAUGGUUGCGUGCCACGUUAUUGACUGUCAUCAACUGACAGAUUGCUAUACCAUAUGGUGUUGUUAGCUAAUAAUGUAAAAUACCUAUCCUGGCGUAAGACCUGGCCAGUAUCCGCAACUCCUGGGCAGAGGAACAUGCCCUAUAACUUAAAAUAUAACUUACAUAUCAUUUAUGCCUUAAUGAGUAGUGCCGUGCGUUUUGGCUAUUUAUGUCACAUGACCUGGAAUUUAAUAUUUUUUAUUUAAGGCUUUUUUUUUAUCAAACUGUCCCCUUUUCUUUUUCCGUCAGAUCUUCUAGCACCAUCCUCAGACGAGUGCUGACAUUUUUGUUCUAAUUCUCAUUCCUGGAAAAGACUUAAAAGAAAGGUUCAAAUACAGGUCAUGUGACAUGAAUAACAAAAGUACAGGGCUCUACUCAUUAAGGCAUAACUGAGUGGUAUACUAAAAAAAAGCAGAACUAACGAGUAAACCAGCUAACUUACCUAAAUGUUUUGAAAUACAUUUAGAUUUUUUGAAAGAUAAGCUUGAAAUUGGCAUGGUCUAAUUGACUCAACAACAACAAAAACACAUAUCUAAAUUCAGCUUAACCUACAGUUUAGCUGAAUAAACAGUUAUUUAUGGUUGUUUGUCAAAGUUAGCUAGUUAUACAUAGGCACACAGCCAUGCUAAUUGGCUGGAUUAUUAUCUAUUUAGACAACACAUUAGUCUUACUCUUAUUCAGAUAUCACGUCCAACAUCACACACAUCUACCUACUCAGAUUUACUACACACAAAAUAUCCUGACUGUCACGCUCUAGAUGGCACGGUAGAAUUAACUUGAAAAUGGAGAAUGAAGUACUUUUAGCUUUAUAGCUGAAGCUGGUAAAAUCACUCUACAAACUAUCAUUGUGCCAUUAACGAGAUCACAAAUAUUAUGGACACAUUAGAAAAAGCAGUUUCUGCCUAGAGACAAGACUAACAGGAACUAACAGUACAGGUAGAUUACAUUAGAAACGGUACUACAAAAGUACAAUACAAGAGAGAGAAAAAACAAAGAACUGGAGGAACUUAUUCAAGAACAAUCUAAUGUAGUCUUUUAUAAAAAAUAAAGCAAACUCCAUGGAAUAUGGAGAUAAAUGUUAUUUCAUGCCAACUUAACUUUUUUUGUGAAUAUGGCUUCCUCCCUGUCAAACACAUUAGAGAAAAAUGAUCGAAAUCCCAUGGAUUACAUUAUUUCCCUUCUCUGCUUCAGUUCGAUCCUCCUGGUAUGAUGGAGGUAAUUGGUAACUUAAAGAUAUCAGCAGCAGGUCAUGAUGAGAUUGGUGCCUCAUUCGUGAAGUCAGUGUCUUCUUUGAUCACUGAGCCUCUAACGUAUAUCUUCAACAAAUAUCUAUGCAAACUGGUAUUGUUACUAAAGAUUAGAAAAUUGCCAAACGUAUCCCCCUCUAUAAAUCUGGUAUCCCAGAUCUUUGACAAAUUAUCACUCAAUAUCUGUACUACCAUGUUUUUCUAGAAAAAUCGGUGUGUAAAAAAAUGUUGAAACAUUAAAUCAACACUGUAUUCUAUAUGAGCACCAAUAUGGUUUUCGUAAAAACUACUCCACAGAUAUGGCCUUUUUGCAACUUGUGGAUAAAAUCUUUACAGUCCUGAACAACAAUGAAUACGUGCUUGGCAUCAUUUUAGAUUUAUACAAAGCGUUUGAUCAUGAAAUAUGACUUUCUAAAUUGCAUUAUGGUUUUCAUAUAAUUGGCUAUAUAUUUAUGUUUAUGAUAGAGAACAAUUUGUUUAUGCAAACGGCCGUGCAUCUACCUGGGCCAAGAUAUCCUGUGGCGUGCCACAGGGAGGGAUAAUUGGACCUUUGUUAUUCCUAAUCUAUAUCAAUCUAUACCGUAAUAACCAUUCUCUUUGCUGAUGAUACCAUUUUGAUUUUAACACACAAUCAUUUUGACUCACUAAUUAAUGAAGCCAACUCGGGCAUGGUCAAAUUUUCUGAAUUGUUCCAGAUAAUUUGUUAAUUUUUAAAUGUAAACAUCUGACCUAUAUUGUAUUCACUAUUAAGAAUAAGAAAUAUUGUUAAAUAAAGAGCCAGAAUCUCAAUUGGUAGGAAUGAAAUCAAACCAGUCAUAUCCACUAGAUUUCUCUGAGUUCUAAUUGAUGAAAAGUUAUCCUGGAAAGAUCAUAUUCAAUUUGUCUGAUCAAAGUGUUGGUAUCAUUAGAAAGAUUACUGCUUUGUUUCAUCAGAUUUGCUUCCUAGCUCUUUACUAUAUCUUAUGCCUCCUACCUGCACAAAUUAGUCAUACUACAAAAGACAUUUGCAAGACUAGCUACCUCCUCUAAUUGCCUGGCUCCAUCUGCACCUUUGUUUAAGAAACUCAAUAUCUUGUCUAUGUACCGCAUUAAUGUAUGCCAUUUAUGCACUUCCAUCUCCACACUUUUAUACUUCCCAGACAGUUUACCUUUCAAUGGAUUCUUCCAGGUUAACUCUGAAAUCCAUCUAUAUAACACAAGACACAGUGAUAACCUUCACCCUCCCCACUGCCGUACCUCACAUUGGCACCUCUAUAUCUGAUAGAGAAUUGACUUACUCCUAGAAUCCACAUUGGCAAAAUAUCAUCUUCCCUCAAUAGAUUCAAGCGGAGAGUGGGGGUCAGCCUGAUGGACCAAACUACUCCAUAAUCAUCUCCAUAUAGCCUAACUCUCACACACACACGUGCACAUUCACACACACAUUUAAACAACACAAAUAUAUAUUUUUCCUGAUUACUGAUCAAUUCAUUUAUACAUUUAAAAUGAGUAGAUUUCCAACCACACCUGCACACCAUUUCUUUUGAUGUUCUAAUUUGUCAUUACAGUAAAUAAUCUAUGACAAAUGACGUUAAACAGAAGGUAUUUUUUAUUUAUACCUUUAUUUAACUAGGCAAGUCAGUUAAGAACAAAUUCUUAUUUUCAAUGAUAACCCACUGUUCCUAGGCUAACUGCCUUGUUCAGGGGAAGAAUGACAGAUUUUUACCCUAUCAGCUUGGGGAUUUGAUCUUGCAACCUUUCGGUUACUAGUCCACUAAGCUACCUGCCUAGUGGUCAGUAAUUGUUGUUUGUUAUGAUUGCUAAAUUGCUGUUGUAUUUUUUUAAAUGUAAUUUCAUUUUGUCAAAUGUGUAAUUGUAUAUUAGUCUAUUUUAAAUCAAUGGGAUAUGUACUAUGUAUCAAUGCAAAACAAAUAAACCACUGUUUAAAAUACA